AUGACGGUCGGACACACAGUAGGAAAAGAGAAGCGUCAAAAAAGCCGUGGUUGUGUCCUGCUGGGAGAGGAGUUCUUGAGUGAUCGCAAGCGCAGUGAAUGGCAAGGGGGCCUCUUGACUGGGGGUGCGGGCUGGGAUCUUGGGUUGGAUAGUGGUGGUACUAGUGGAAUGGUUGUGAACACGCUUGAAGCACCCCUUUGGUUCAUCUGCUUGCACAGACUCAAGGUAGAUGUGCUGAGAUGGUCCCUGUUCUUGGGUGUGAACCUUGAGGAAGAAACGAGGUUAAACUACGGAGCAAUGAGAGGUAACUUCUGGGAUGGUUCCAUAAAACAGGGCCUGACCACUCCCCUUGGUCUGAUUCACAAAAUCACUGCCGAAUGGUCGGAUGCGACAGAAAAAUCAUGUACAACCAACCAAUAG